UUUAAUAUUAAUAAAACCAGUUAAAGCGGAGCGGGUGCGCGGAGACCCCGCCGGGCGGAGGGAUAUAAACUCUUAACACAUGAUGUCGCCAGCGGCCCUUCCUACUCCGCCGCGCACCUCCCAGCGCUGCUGUGAUUGGCGGAGGCGGCGCGCUCGGCUCGCUCCCAUUGGCCCGCGCCGCCCGUCAAUCAUAAAGCAGUGCCCACAGGAUAAGAUAGGCACCAUUUGCCAUAACUAAAUAGUUACCUUGUACAUCAAGUAAAGGGAGAAUUGUUUUUAAUUGGCAGCCCACCGCGGCCGGCGGACUCUUACCUGCUCCUCCACGCGCUCACACCUGCUGAAUGCAACACAGUGUGACGUCUGACGCUCCCGUGUCAUCCAGCAGAUGUGGAUACAGAGCUCGGGAGCUGCCCAGCUGAGGUGAAGGGGAGGGCAGAGGACCCGGUUCAGCCUGAGCGUGGAUGACCUGCCCCCGCAAACAGGACCAUGAUCUGAGAAAGGCCGUCGCACACCGAACCCCGUUCUUCCUCUCCUCCUUCUCCCUGUCUUUUUCUUUUCUUUUCUUCUUUUUUUUUUUUUUUUUUUUUAAAAGGAUCUGACGGAGAGCAGACUGUUUUCAGGGAGGAGAUAAACACGACGACAGCCAUCCGUGACCUCUGACGUUGCCACUCCCCCCUCGCCCCUCCCGCCACAACACCGGAAACAUGGGGAGGAAAAAGAUUCAGAUCCAGCGGAUCACCGACGAACGCAACAGACAGGUGACGUUCACCAAGCGAAAGUUCGGUCUGAUGAAGAAGGCGUACGAGCUGAGCGUCCUGUGUGACUGCGAGAUCGCCCUCAUCAUCUUCAACCACUCCAACAAGCUGUUCCAGUACGCCAGCACCGACAUGGACAAGGUCCUGCUCAAGUACACCGAGUACAACGAGCCGCACGAGAGCCGGACCAACGCCGACAUCAUCGAGGCUCUGAACAAGAAAGAGCACCGGGACUCUGAGAGCCCAGACCCCGAGGAGCCCUUCUCCCUCACCCCCCGCACUGAGGAGAAAUACAAAAAAAUUGACGAGGAGUUUGAUAAAAUGAUGCAGAACUAUAGGCUGUCAUCGACAGUCCCACAGCCCACCUUCUCCAUGCCAGUCACCGUGCCAGUAUCCAAUCAGAACGCAGCGGCGGCGGCAGCCCUCCAGUUCAGCAACAACCCCGGCGGCGCCCUGGUCACCACCACCUCCUUUGUCACCUCCACCCUCACAGACCCCCGCCUCCUGUCGCCACAGCAACCAGCUCUGCAGAGGAACACCGUGUCGCCAGGGUUACCACAGCGACCCGCCAGCGCAGGCGCUUUGUUAGGAGGAGAUCUGGGGAAUUCAAACGGAGCGUGCCCGAGUCCAGUCCCUAACGGCUACAUCAGCGCCAGGGCCUCCCCGGGCCUCCUCUCCGUAUCCAACGGCAACAGCCUGGGGAAAGUAGUCCUGGCUAAGACUCCGCCUCCGCCCAGCCCUCAGAUGGUCAACAGCCGCAAGCCGGACCUGAGGGUCAUCACCUCGCAGAGCGGCAAGAGCCUCAUGCAGCUGACAGAGGAAGAGCUGGAGUUGGUGAGUGAGAAUGCUCAGCGGCUAGGUGGCUCCCAGGUGGCACAGUCGCUCACCACACCAGUGGUCUCCGUGGCAACACCCAGUCUCCUGGCGCCCUUCUCCAGCAUGCAGACGGCCUACAACACCGAGUACCAGCUGACGAGUGCAGAUCUCACGGCGCUGCAGACGUUCACACCACCGGGGCUGGUGCCUGGCAACAUGGCUGCCUGGCAACAGCAACCAGCAGUCUCCCAGCAACAACAGCAGCAGCAGCAACAACAGCCACAGCAGCUGAGUUUGGCGUCGCUCAGUAACUUGGUCAUGUGGGGUGCAGACAAACAGAAUGCAGAGAUGGUUAACUGCAUCUCCAAUUUUGCUGCUAACCUGAGCUUGGCCUCUCAGUCCAACUUGCUGUUUGGCAGGGAGGACGGCCUCUGCUGGCCGGUGGGCCCGAUACCUCAGGGCGCCGCACUGACUGUCAACACAAACCCCAACGUCAACAUCAAGUCCGAACCCGUCUCACCGAACCGCGACCGCAGCACUCCCAGCUCCAUCGGCGGGGGAGGUGGAGGAGGAGGAGGAGGAGGAGGAGGCCAGGGUCAGCUCCAGGGACAAGGUCUGGUGACGGUCGCCUACCCCGGCACCCUGCGCCUGGAGGCCGGAGGCCAGGGCCGCUCGCCGGUCGACAGCCUCAGCAGCAACGGCAGCUCGUACGAGGGCAGCGACCGGGACGACGGCGCCCAGGGGCGAGGCGGGGGUCAAGACUUCCACCACCAGGCCGGCGCCGGGGCCCAGCAGCCCACCAUGGUCCUCCUGCGGCCCUCGUCAGCCGAACCCCAGGAGCAGGACGGGACCAACGUGAAGAGGAUGAGACUGGAAAACUGGGUGACAUGAAGAGGGACGGACGGACGGACGGACGGACGGACAGAUGGAGGAUGGAGAUGUGUGGCUUGUGUACAUGCCCCCACCAGCCCUGAUGCCCCCCAUCUCCUUCUCUGUACACACACACACACACACACACACACACACACACACACACACACACACACACACACACUCACAGACACGCACCCACCAAUAACCCAGGAAACUUCACACACACACUCACAGACCCAAGCAUGUCGCACGUAUGGACACUGACGCACUCGUAUGGCAAUGUGCACACACAUUUGAACUGUAAUGUACUUUCACAAACACACACACACACACACACACACACACACACACGAAACACCCCGCGGGGUCGACCCACCAAACCAGGGAUUAUCUGUCAAAUCAGUCAUGUUGGACUUCAUUCAGCCGUAUUUGAAUUGAAGCGAUGAGUUUUUAAAAUCCGGCCACUCGGAACGAUUUCACCCAGAUCUCCCAGCAUGCCUUGCAUUGGCUUACAGCUGGUAGUGUUGUCCCACACACACACACACACACAGACACGCACACACUCUUACUGUUCAUCAGUAAAUUUUUGUUUUGUUUUGUUUUGGGUCAAACACGGCCGCGCUGCAUGAAGUCAGUGCCACCAAACGAGUCUUUGUCCACAUCGGGCCGACCGACGGUUGUUUCGCUCUCUAGGUUCUUCUUCUUCUCUCAGAGCCGGGCCGUUUUCUGCUCUUCUUCUUCUUUUUUUUUUAAGCGUGGAGUUUUGUCCUUCUGUCUUUGACUGUUGAUCUUUAGAGUUUGGAUUUUUUUUUUUUUUUUUAAAUAUGAAGACACUAAAAGAAAACUCGCCUCCCUCCCGAGCCGAGCCGAGCCGAGCCGAGCCGAGCCGAGCCGAGCCGCGGGCCGAGUCGACACACCGGCCCCGCGGGGGUCUUUUUAUUUAAUCCGAACUAAACGAGGAAACCUGACGUGUUGCCGAGGUAAAAGACUGCUUCUCUUUGAAUCAGGGACGAGCUGCAACAGCUCAACGACACAUGACGCAGAUAGAUUUCGCUCCACAUCUUUGUCAACUACAGAUGCUGAGAAAGGCCUGUGUGUGUGUGUGUGUGUGUGUGUGUGUGUGUGUGUGUGUUUGGUGUGUAUGUGUGUGUGUGUGUGUGUGUAUACGGGUUUGUUACCUCAACUGGUCAUUUUUUUUAAAAAACAAAGUGAUUUGGGCAAAAAUUUCUCGAUUUCCUCCUGGAACACGCCUGCGAUGCACACAGCUGAAAUUAUUUUUGUGAAGCGACUUUUGAACAGAGAAGCGGCGACUUCGUGAGGUACCAUGUAUAUAAGCAAUCUGUAACCUUUGUGGCUUUUUUUGUGUGACAGGGAUUAAGGUGUUUUUUGAAGGUUUAAGAAAAACAAAAAGACGUAGAUGAUAUACAAGUAUAUAUUUAAAGGAGCUUUGCGGCGGUAGCGAGUGCAGCUCUGCACCAGCGGGGCCGAGACUACAGCAGACGACAGGGAUUGUACAUAUGAACUAUAUAUUCGGCAGGAUGUCCCUCAACGAAACAAACAACAAAACAAAGCGAACGCGUUGACUCUCAGUGGAUCGGUCUCUUUUUUAUUAUUAUUAUUUAUGCGUGUAUAUAAAGUGGAAUAUGUCGACGGGCCGACAGAGGGCGCUGUCGAGGCAGAAAGGGACGACGUAGCCGUGGCGACUCGGACUGUUUGGAGUGAGCAGUGGUUCGGACUCCGUCACUGAUGGAGCGCACUUUACCUGAACCCCGCCCCCAACCCCACCUUAACCCCGCCCCCCUGACACCUUAACACACCUGAACCAUGGACACACACACACACACACACACACACACACACACACACACGGGUUAGACUGAUAUACACCUGGUUUGUUAAAAACUCUGAUACACAAAUAAAUGUGUGCACUUUUUUAUUUAAAUCCUACAAAUUUGUGUUUUUUGUUGUAAUUUAAUUUAGAUAAUUUAUUUUACUGUAGAUCAACCAAUCAGAGCUCAGGCUUUUUUUUGCUUCCAUAACAUGGAACAAAAUAAAUAUACACAUUUAUAUUUAUUUUUAGACUAAUUUCCCCUUUAACAUGAUGUCACAAAAGUUUUAAAGUUAGUCAUCACCAGGUGAACAACACAAGAAUGUCUCUUAAUUCGAUUAUUCACCUGUUGUGUCGCCACUUGAAUGAAAUUGGAAAAAGAAGGAAAAUGUAGUAAAUAAAUUAAAACUUCUCCAAUUUAAAAGCUUUUUAUCUAUAAAUAUCUUUCAGUUUGAUUUAAAAAUGUGGACAUUUAAUGAUCAAUUUAAUACAUUUUUGUCUUGAGAAGCACCAAACUCAGUUGAUCAUUUUCAAUCAAACACUGAAAAAGUCAUUUUACAGGCAACAGCAACCAUUUUGAUAAUCAAUUUAUCAAUGUGAGUCAUUUUUAAGAUAAGAAAAGUCACAUUCUCUGAUUCCAGCUUGUAGAAUGUGAAUAUUUUCUGGUUUCUUUCCUCUUCUGUGACAGUAAACUGAAUAUAUUUGGCUUUAUCGACAAAAUGAGACAUUUAAAGACGUCAUCUUAAACAUUUUUCACCAUUUUCUGACAUUUUACAGACCAAAAAAAAAGAUUUAUCACAAAAAUACUCAUCAGACCUUGAACGGCAUUGUUCACCUUCCUGUUUCAUUUCUCUUUUUUUACCCAUGAUGGUUUAAAUUACCCCCCAAAAAGAUUCAUCCACUUCACAACAUUAUUACAUACAGCAUAUCAGUCAGUUGAGUAUUUGCAGCGUCUGUCACAAACAUAUCAGUGAAACUCUGGAACAAACACAGAUGGAGGUCACGUUCGUCCUCCGCUGCCGUCACCGCUCGGCUGUGUUUCUAUCACGGGGAGGUGAAACGACGAUGAAGGAAAUGUGAAGGAUGUCAUUUCUGUAAAAGUGAUUUUUAGGCUUUUUUUAGAUUUUUUUUUUUUUUUUAGCGUCACGGUGGUCAAGAGUGCAGCUUCGUGUAUUUAUUCUGUUCCUAAAAGCACUCUGAGCCUCCGUCCGUGUGCUCGUUAAAAGCUUCGGAGGGCAGUUCGGGGUAUCGUUUAGUCGUUAAGCCGGAGGUUUCAGGACGAGUCUUGAUCUUUUAAUGACGACCUCCCUCUGAUCCAAACGGCACACUUGUUUGUCGACUUAGUUUUUUUUUUUUUUUUUUACCACAUCCAGCCACCACAUCCUUCACACGGGCGGGCCCUCUUCACCUCCCUCUCACCCCGUCACUCACCCAUCAGUUAGAUUUUCAUUUUUACUCUCUGGAGGCUUAAUCUGACACACACACACACACACACACACACACACACACACACACGUCAUGCCAUCACACACUACUUUCUGUUUCUCCGUCCAGACAGCGGGUGUCAGCGCUGGGAUGACAUAUUAUUUGGGGGUCAUUUUGAACGCACUACUCCCAUCAUCCUCUCCUCACUUCAUCUCACACAGGCACACACACACACACACACACACACACACGUCAUGCCAUCACACACUACUUUCUGUUUCUCCGUCCAGACAGCGGGUGUCAGCGCUGGGAUGACAUAUUAUUUGGGGGUCAUUUUGAACGCACUACUCCCAUCAUCCUCUCCUCACUUCAUCUCACACACACACACACACACACACACAGAGAUCAUCCACUCUGUCACGAGUCUGAGCGUCGGUAUAUUUCCUCUCUGAGCGCGUGGCAGAGUGUAAACACUUUGACUGUUAAGACUGUUGUACCCUGAGCUUCGAACAAAAAGAAACAUAAAUCUCGACCCCGCGUCGACGACCUCGUUCAGACAGAAUCGGGCGCCGCUGCGAUGAACAGCACUCCUCCCGUUCAUUUCAAUGAAGGGUGGCGUGUUCAGGCUGCGGCUGUGCGACCGGUAGGGAACGCUGAAACCUGAUGUCACGAUGCGAUGGCCAAUCGAGUCAGCCGGCGAUCGGACCGAAGUGGAACACAUCACAUCAGAGGCUGAAACGACGGUUCGAAUGUUGGUCGACCUCGCUCUGCCGUCAGCACGACGUCCGCAGCGCUUUUAUUCUGACGGUGAUCAACAAAAUUAUGAGUUUCACAUAAUGUAGAUCAAGAGAAAUUAAUAUUAACAAACAAGGAAUUUGAUAAAAGUGACGAUAAAAACAUAAACGAUACGUCAUUCGAGUCAUGAUGCGAGACUCAACUCGACACAGACGGUUCAUACAGACCGACUCUCCCGCAGCGCCGCACAGUCCUGCAGCCGAUCGGCGCCGCGCCCCGGUUCUGUCUGAGCGAGUUCUGGACCGGACCGGUCAAAUGAAGCCCGGAACACUAGGGGUCGCUGUAAUCACCAAACGGAAAAGACAAUCGUGCUGAGAAAUAGUUUAAGACCCUGCAUCCCCCCGAGAGAAGCGACACUUUGCUCCUGUAUAAUGAUGUUUAGAAGUCUCACUCACUUUCCAGUGUUAAUUUGUGCUGGUGACAGUCUGUUUUUAAUUGUUCUCUGAGAAUUGAUAUUAUUAUUAUUAUUAUUAUUAUUAUUAUCAUCAUCGUCGUCGUCGCAGCAGCUCUCGCUGACGGUCGCUGUCAUGACGACGUAGAAAAUCUGCGUUUAUUUUUUUGUGUAGGUUUUAGGCAUCUUGUUUUAUUUGGAAUUUUAUUUUAUUUUAUGAUAUUAAAAAUAUUCUAUAAAUAUAUAUUUUUCGUUUUUUGGGAUUUGUUUUUCCUUGUUUCGUUUUUUUUUUUUUCUUUUCUUUCUUCAACAAAAGGGUGUUACUAAUGUUGCACGAUUUUUAAAAUGACAUGAAGCAAAAAAAAAAAACAAAAACAAAACACAAGCGUAGUGAUAUUUUUAGAACAUGUGUGGCUGCGGGACGGAGGCGCCGAACGACACAAAGAAAGAAAUUACAAAAAACAAACUUCUUUGCUUCGAUGCUGCAACUUUUGAGUCCAAUGUACAAAAAAAAACCCCUCCUGAGUCCCACACACAUGCUAACAUGGAGGGAGGGAAGGCGUCGAGGGGGCGGGGCGGUCGAGUGUGACACGUCUAACUUAUUUCUGACCAGACACGAUGAUGUCAAUGCAUGGGCGUUUAAAAAAAAACAACAAAAAAAACACAAAAACAUUAAAAAAACAAAAAAAAAAACAACAAGCGACGAGUGAAUCAUGUUAUAGGAAAAAUACAAAUGUAAUAUCAACACAAAUAUACAUCACACAGAAAUACGUUUAAGAAAAAUGACAAAAAAAAAAAAAAUGAAGAAAAAAGUUUAAAAUAAAUUAUAGCUAAUAUAUUGUGUUCGGCUAGUCUGCUUUUUUGUUGUAAAGAUACAUUUUUUUGUUGUUUUUUGGAGAAUGAUAUACAAUUUGUGUAUAUUUUCAUAAAUAAAGUAUGCACUGAUAUGUUAUUACAAAUUCUAUACUGCUUUUACAAAAGAAAGUGUUUGUUAUUGUACCAAAGUAUCCAUUGGUCCCCUCUUCCCCGCCUCCCCUUUUUGCGUAUGUUUUACCGUAUUUUAUAUAUUAAAUAGACAAGUUGACCUACA